AUGAUGAAAAUUAGGAGCAACACAAUUGUAGCUUGUUCGUCCCUUGAUGCUCCAGGAUGUCCACCAAACAAACCUCAUAUCGAUUCUGAAGCAAGAAGCAUCGAUACAACACGUCGAGCAUGUAUUUAUGAUCAUACUAAUGGGCCAAUCGUGUGGCCUAUACUAUCGGGCAGUCUCCGCAGUGGGGCGGGGCCGAACAAAGUGUUGUUUUCGAAUUGUAUAUUAUGA